CUCAGCCCCGAGCGCGGCCGCAGAGGGCCAGACACGGGCCGGGCUGGGCUCAGCUGUGAAACAAACGGGAUUUUUGCCACGUGCCUCUUUCCUUUCCUCAGGAGACAGAUACUGGGUGUUCAAAGACAACAACGUGGAGGAAGGAUAUCCCCGGCCCAUCUCGGACUUCGGGCUGCCCCUGGGAGGAAUCGACGCUGCUUUCUCCUGGGCCCACAAUGACAAGACUUAUUUCUUUAAGGACAAUCUCUACUGGCGCUACGAUGACCACGAGCGGCGGAUGGAUCCCGGGUAUCCUUCAGAGACCGCUUUGUGGAAGGGAAUUCCCACCCCUCUGGAUGAUGCCAUGAGAUGGUCAGAUGGUGCGAGCUACUUCUUCAGGGGCAAGGAAUACUGGAAGGUGCUGGACAGCGGGGCCGAGGCCGAGGCCGGCUACCCGCAGUCCAUCGCGCGGGACUGGCUGGUGUGCAGCGACAUGCAGGCGGACGCCCCGGAAGCCGCGGGGAGCAGCAGGACCGGGGCGCGCUCCGAACCGGGGCAUCCCGACGAGAGCCGCUCCGAAAACGGCUACGAGGUGUGUGCGUUGGGCUGCCGGGGGUGUAGCUGCACCGCAGAGCGAAAGCGCAACUAUCGCUCCUUGUCGGGCACCGCGGCUGUGGCCUCGCUUGAACCCACCGAGGAGACGAGUGCCGAGGACGUGGGGCUCCGGCAGAGGCUCGGGAAUGACCGAGCGCGGCUCGGCAGCAGCCGUCCUGCCGGCAGCCUCUCCGCGAAACCUGAGCUGGAGGUAGCUGUGAAGUGCAUUAACAAGAAAAACCUUGCGAAGUCUCAAACUCUGCUGGGCAAGGAAAUAAAAAUACUGAAGGAAUUGAAACAUGAAAACAUCGUUGCCUUGUAUGACUUCCAGGAACUGGCAAACUCUGUCUACUUGGUUAUGGAGUACUGUAAUGGUGGUGACCUGGCAGACUAUCUUCACAGUAAGUACAGCAGUAUGGAGAACAUCCUCUGUAUUUGGAAGAAAUCAGUAGCUGUUCUAGCUUGUUAA